GUCUAAUAAUUCAGUCCGUGAAGUAAAGCGUCGGCCAUUUUGCGUAAGACCAUCUCGCAAACAUCAAAAGACGUUAAAAUGCUUUUAAGAGCAUCUCAGUUGACGCCACUUGUUAGGCGGGCUAUUACCGCCUCCAGGUCCAACAUCCAUGUAUCUGCAUCAGCUUUAGGUGGCCAUGGUGAUCUGCCUUCACCACGAGAGAGAAAUGAAUACUUUGGAGUAAUAAUGGAUAGGAUGCCCAAAGCAGAGGGAUCAUGGAAAGAGCAGUAUGACAGAAAAAACAGAGUUUACAAUAUUCACAUAGGCAUCCAAAUUGUUAUUUUUAUUGCCGCUGCAUACUGGACCUGUUAUGGCGCUGAAGACCCAGCAGUUUUUCCAGCUAGAGGUUAUAGGUACAUAGAUAAUAUGCCCGUCAUCUUCAACGAUGGAACCGUUGUCGAUCCUAAGAAAGAGUUACGGAAUGAGAAAUUGAAGCAUUUUAUGGAGAGAGACCAUGGAGUAAAGUACGAUUAAGAGAAAGAAUAUAUAGACAAACACUAGGAUAUUUUUGUUGCUUUAGGUAAAAUCUAACUUCAUCAAUUUUAACUUUUCGUGAAUUUGAUGAUGAAAAUCUUGGAAAGACUGACACUAAUAGGUAAUAUAAUUUCUGUAAAAUGGGACCGUAUGAUAGAAUUCAGUUUAAAAUGAAAACAUUGCUGUGUGUUUGUGCACCUGAAGUGUUGGAAUUCAUAAAUACCACUCGAAUUAAUCAAUGUCUCUGUAUACGAAAUGUUUACACAGUUUAAUAAAGGGUUUGUGUUGA